AAACGUACCUAUAACUGUGAUCAUGAAAACAACAAUUGAAAGAAGGUGGUCAUUAUGGCAAAGACUGUUAAUAAAAUCCCUUUUUGGCCUAUGUUGUCUCUUGCUGAUAGUAUUCUUAGCAAUAUGGGUAGUAUUUCCAUUAGUGUUUAUGAAUAGUCUAUCAAUUCAAAGUUUUUUUAUGUUCAUGAAUACACAAGAUCCUAAAAAUCCAGAAUUCAACAACCCAGAAAAAUACGGUAUAGAAGGAGUGAUAAAUUUCUAUAUCACAACGAAGGACAUUGACAAUUCUACGUCAGUAAGAAUAGGAGCUUGGGUGGUUUUGCCAGAAACAGAAAUAAAUACAACAAACUAUAAAGCUCACAACGAUAGCAGCAAUGCAGCAUACGUUAUGAAAAAUACUGCCUAUCCUAUUUUGCUGUAUCUUCAUGGAGUCGCAUGUAACCGGAUAUCAUCUGUAUCAAAAUAUAAAAUUGCGAGAAAAUCUUUUAUGGUGAUAGCUGUAGAUCAUCGUGGUUACGGAGAUUCUUGUUCUGGCUUAGAACUAUCUGAACUGGGCAUAGUGAGCGAUACCGCCCAAAUUUACAAAUGGAUAGGAUCUCACACAAAAAAUGAGAUAUUCGUGUGGGGACAUUCACUGGGAGCAGCAUUGGGUACGCAUGCGAUCAAAGUUUUGAAAGAAGAUGGCACGAUCAUUCCAACUGGUCUCAUUCUAGAAUCUGCCUUCACGACGAUGAGAGAAGAAGUUGCAAAUAGUGGAAUUGGAAAGUUGUUCAAAUGGUUAUUAUAUUUCGAACAGACCGUUCUGGAGCCAUUGGAGAGGAACGGCUUCAUCUUCAACACCUCCAACAAUAUUUUGUCUGUAGAUUGUCCAAUAAUGAUAAUGCAUGCAGAAGAUGAUAACGUCGUUCCAUGUUUCAUGGGUAGAAAGUUGAACGAGAUAGCACAAACACAGAGGGAUAUUGCUACUAAGGGAAAAGUCACCUACUAUGAGUUCCCGGCCCUUUUAGGAUACAGUCAUAACGGAAUAACGGAAGAUACCAACAUAACAAAAUACAUUGAGAUAUUCAAGGCUCAAUGUCAAGAACAGAAUAAAGUUGCCGCAUAAAUAACGAAACGUGUACAUUCUCAUUCACUGAUACCAUAUACAGGGUGAGUCAUGAGGAACUGUACAUACUCCAACCACGAAUAGAGACCCCUGGGGAGAAUACCUAAUGUCCAUCAGAAAGUGUAUUUCUAUCUUCUUCACCAAUAUAUAGGAUGAAUCAUGAGAUUUGACAAAACCUUUUUUUGGUCAUAACUCUUCGACAGCUUCUUAGAUUUGUCAGAUUCUUUUAUGAUAAUAACAUAAUGUAAAUUGGUUGAACAUUGGUUAGUGAUAUGUAAUUUGACGUUACAUGUUACAUGGUACUCCUGUCGUCCUUGAUAAUUAAAACGUUGACAUUCAUCAGACUUCACAAUUGCGUUUCAUUUGUUCAAUUCUGGAAACGGUGGUGGGAACAGAAUGACGUUCACAAAUAAAACGAGAAACUCCAGAGAGAAUUGACAUAGUAUAAAUGAUAGAGGUUAUA